AUGGAUCAAGAGAAUUCAGCUUCAUCUUUAGAUGGUGCAGAUGAGGAAUUUUGGGAUCUUGCCAAUUCAUCAUCAGACGAAGACUUGAUGAAUCUGCAAAUUGAAGCUCUACAAGAGAAAGGGAGAAGAACACGCCGGGGCUCAAUUCCUGGUCGCAUAUAUAAAGAUAGACAACGACUGCAAGGCCACGAAACACUAUUCAAAGAUUAUUUUGCAGAAAAUCCUGUUCAUGAAGAAGGUGUAUUUCGGAGAAGGUUUCAGAUGCAUCGAGCUCUUUUUCCUCGAAUUCUAGCUGCAGUAGAAGCUCAUGACUCAUAUUUUGUUCAAAAAAGGGAUUCAGUAGGAAGUCUUGGGCUAUCAUCUCUACAAAAAGUUACCACUGUAAUCAGGAUGCUUGCGUAUGGAAUUGGGGCAGAUGUUGUGGAUGACUAUCUUAGAAUCAGUGAAAGCACUGCAAUUGAAGCUAUGAAAAGGUUUGUCCAAGCUGUUAUCUCUGUAUUUAGAGCUGAAUACUUAAGAAAGCCAACUUCUGAUGAUAUUUCCAGAUUGCUAUUGAUUGGUGAGAGUCGUGGAUUUCCUGGAAUGCUUGGUAGUAUCGAUUGCUCUCAUAAUGAUAUUAAUGUCUUGGAGCAUUCGUCUUUAUUUGCUAACCUCCGUGAAGGUCGAGCCCCUCCAGUCACUUAUAAGAUCAAUGAUCAUGAAUACACAAUGGGAUAUUAUCUAGCCGAUGGCAUAUAUCCUUCGUGGGCCACUUUUAUCAAAACCAUUCCAUGCCUACAAGGAGAGAAAGCAAAGAAUUUUGCUAAAGCUCAAGAGGGAUGUCGGAAAGAUGUAGAAUGA